UUUAAUCUAUGCGCGAAGUAUGCCUUUCGCUGCAAUGCUCUAGCGAUGGAUACCAGGAUGUAGUUGUCAAAUGAGAACGACUGGGGAAAGGAAAAGGUGAAAUUGAUGUUGUGUCACCAGAUUUCCCGCUGCCAUCCCACCGUUGCACCAAGUGAUUCCUUUUCACGGCCUCGAUUCCCAUUGAUGACCAUGAUUUCACUGACCAUUUUCGGCUUUCCCAUUUGGUCAGUGGGAGAUGUCCCACAAGUGUCUAGUAUUGCCAGCAAUGCGGCCAUGCUAGAGUCUUAUACAUCUAGCCUUUCAAGACCAUGAUGAGGCCUCCUAGAGCUCGGUGCUCUUAGUAUUAUAUACUGCACAGUCUACUGUGUAUGACCAAAUGGCUAAUUUCAAGGAUCUUACCAUGUCUGUGACUCAUCCUUUUGACGACAAUGGAUCUGGGACUGUUCAUGUUCACAAUGCAGAUGAGCUGCGUCUGGCGCAGAUGGGCCACAAGCAAGAGUUGAAACGUCACUUUUCAGUAUGGGGUUUGAUCGGCAUGGCUGCAAAUUGCACUGUCUCCUGGACUGGACUCGGUCUCGGUCUGAUCACUUCCAUCAGCGCUGGCGGACCCGGUGCCCUCAUCUACGGCUUUAUCCUUGUUUUCGUACUGCAAUGCUUCUUAGGGACAUCUCUCGCGGAACUCGUCUCUGCAUACCCCGUUGAGGGUGGAAUGUAUCACUGGUCUGCAGUCAUUGCUCCAAAACGCUACAGUGCUUCGUUGAGCUUUGCGACUGGCUGGAGCGCGGUGUUUGGCUGGAUAUUCACGACCGCAUCCACGAACCUCAUUUUUGCACAGAGCUUUAUGGCCCUAGUUGCCCUAUACACGAACUUUGUGGUGCAGCCCUGGAUGACCUUUGUCGCAUACCAAGGAUUCAACAUUAUAUCCAGCGGAAUCGUCAUGUUUGGCAACAAGUGGAUGCCCACAAUCAAUAAGUUCUCAAUGUUCUAUGUCCAAUUCGCCUGGUUCUCUAUCCUGGUCACUGUCACAGCGACUGCCCCAAAGCAUAACGACGCUAAUUUCGUGUUUCAAACCUGGAUUAAUGAGACUGGCUGGAAGAAUAAUAUCAUCUGCUUCAUCACAGGCCUCGUCAACCCAUUGUACUCUCUAGGUGGCUUGGAUGGGAUCACCCACAUCACCGAGGAAAUGCCAGACCCAGGACGAAACGCCCCUUUAGCCCUUGCUUGCACCCUUGCUAUUGCCUUCGUCACCGGACUCUCCUUCCUUCUCAGCCUCAUGUUCUCCGUCCAAGACUACUCAAGCCUCGCCAACUCUCCAACUGGUCUGCCCAUCGCAGAGCUUUUCCGCCAGGUAACCCAAAGCCGCGGCGGCGCUUUUGGUCUCGUAUUCCUUCUCUGCGUUGCAGUAGGGCCAUCCCUGCUAGGCUCACAGCUGAGCACCGGACGAAUGCUCUGGGCCUUUGCCAGAGACGACGGACUCCCUUUCUCCAAAUUCUGCUCGAAAGUCAACAAUCGCUUUGGAGUCCCCAUCAACGCCCAACUUUGUAUAGGCAUCAUUAUCGCCCUCCUAGGCUGCAUCUAUCUUGGAUCCAGCACUGCAUUUAACUCGAUGAUGAGUUCUGCAGUAACAAUCAACAACAUCGCCUUCCUCAUCCCAAUCCUCACGAACGUCCUGCUCCGUCGGAAAACCAUGCACCGGGGUCCCUUUUCAUUGGGAUUUGUGACGGGAAUGACGGUCAACAUCGUCACCGUUUGGUGGUUGAUGUUCGCGAUUGUGUUUUUCUCGUUUCCGUAUGCUAUGCCUGUUACCACUUCAAACAUGAAUUACACAUGUGUUUGUGUAGGUGGGUUCUUGCUCCUGGAGCUCAUCUGGUGGAUUGUGGCGGGGAAGACGUAUUCAAGGCGGAUGCAGAAUGCAAGGGAGGAAAAUGCCUCGCAGGCAGUAGUGGUUGAUGAUGUUGUAGGAAAGAGCUAA